UCGCACCAUAAUAACAAAUGUGAGAACAAAAAAUUGGCCAGAAGUUGAAGUGCGGUUUGUAGAAUUUCGCCGUCCUGAAACAUAUAUAUUCAUACAUAUACCAUGGGAAACUGCUUGAAAGGGAUAAGCACAGAUAAUGCUUCGCUUCUUCGGGAGGAUACGACAUUGGAUCAUGUAGAACCCCCGCCACCAUACCAGGAAGAAGCUGCACCAGUUUUUUUGCAAGGGCAGGUUCAAACAAGUUUAAGUGAGGAACAACAAAUCAGGGUUGCACAGCGUCUAGGGCUUAUAAGUCAUCUUCCUACAGGAGUGUUUGAUGGAACAAAGAAAAAGCGAGAGUGUGUUAUUUGUAUGAUAGAACUAGAAAUCGGUGAUCCAAUACGGUUUUUGCCCUGUAUGCAUAUAUAUCACAAAGACUGCAUCGAUGACUGGCUAUUGCGAUCAUUUACCUGUCCAUCAUGCAUGGAACCAGUGGAUGCUGCACUUUUAUCAACAUUUUACACUAGUGAAUAGAUGAAUUUUUUUUGAUGAUAUCUAUACCACAAUGCCAAGCAUGGUUAGAUGUGUAUUUAUAUGGCUACCUUGCAUUCAAGGUAUGAAGAGAAACAUUUAGUGAAUAUAGAAGUCUAAAAAUUUAUUUAAUGUUAUUCAGUUUGUCAAUCAGUUGUAGAAGUUCGUCUCAUGCUUCCUUGAGUAGUGAGUGUGAAAAGUUUCUUCAUUCAUAAUUAUAGCAAAUUGCAGUUCAGUUUCAGUAUAUUGAAGAGUUUUGUAAGAUAUCUGGCAGUGAAUGGCUUUAAGUUAGAGUUGAUAUUCAAUAAUUGUGUCUCUGCUACUUCAUUCAAUUGAUUCUAUUUCUGAUUUCAUAUAUUCCAUUCCCCAUAUCUUUGUUCAGUUAACUUGGCUUGACUUCAGAAGAAAUCUUGCAAUUUAGUAUGAAAUUUUUUUUUCAUAAUUUCAUGAAUGAAACUCCAUAGCAACCAGGUUUACCAUCCCAAAAGUUAGAAAUGCACUUCCCAGAUCAACCCAAGUUCUAGGUAAUCCAAAUACUACAUUUAUAGAAUCGGAUCCUUUUUGCUUGAAAAUAUCCACUCUUAUAAAUUGAUCAAAAGAAACGAUUAGUGGAACUGAUCAAGGAGGUGGGCCUUUUUUGCAAGAUACAAACUUUUGUUAGUGGCCCUUCCCCACCCUCCCACUAUUUUUGUAAAGAAAGUGCUAAGCAACAUAGGGGCCCUAUUAUAAGGUUCUAAAGCCGCAAAGCCAUCUAAAAAUUAGCAAAAAGCUGCAAUCCACAAGCACAUUAAGUCAAUUUACACAAAAAGAGGCAAGACACAUCGUAUUUGAUGUGCCAUUUUGCAGAAAAACCAUUCCCAAAAUUAUGGGCUCUAAUUAGAAAUUGGGCCAGACUGGCAAGCUGAAAAUCUAGGGCUACCACAUACUUUUAUGAUUUGGCUAUCCAUUUUUGGAGAACAAAAUAUUGAUAGUUUUUUUAAGUAGAAGAUAAACUGAAAUGAACACAUUUCACUACAGGACUGCAAUUUGCUAUUAUUAUCAAUCGAUUUAAAAAGUUUGAGGGUAAUUACCUUUGAUUAGUCAACUGUUAGUAUUAAUCAAUAUUUUUGGGAAUUAUUCUGAUAUUUCUUGUAUAAUGUUUCUUGUAUAGGAGAUUGACAAAUUCUAUUAUUCCAACCCUGCUUUAAGAUUAGACCUUGAGAAUACCAACAAAUUAUGCUGGUCAUAAACACAGUGCCAAUCAGGAAUGUGUUACGAACCAUUUUAGCUGCCACAAUUGCUGAGUCAUUUCAACUUUUUUGUAUCUUCCUUUGCAUAAGUAAUGAUUGAGGUUUCUGUAUUAUUGUGUUGGUUUUAGAUCUUUGCAAUUCUAUGCUUGCUUUUUAUGUUAAACACGAAUUGAAUCUUAGACAGAAGUGUACAUAGAAAAGAAUGAGAGUAGCUAGAAGACUUUUGUGAAUAUUCUUAUAGCUAGUUAUAAAUUAUGAUGUGUGUUUAGUUAUUUGUAAAUAGGCAUUGAAUCAGUAAUCAUCGUUCUUUGAUUAAAGUAUAUGGUCACUUUGUAACUGUUUGAGUUUGGAUUGCAUAAAAUUCGUUGAAGUUA